UUAUUUGUUGACAUUCCUGUUCAAAAAUCGAUGUAGAAGAUGACUGAGAUGAAUUCAAUUUUAUAUUUAUUCGCAUAAAAGUAUAUAGUUCAACAGAAUUAAUGCCUCGAAAUUACUACAAAUCUCAUUUCGGAAAGAUGGAAGAUAUUAGCGACGUGUCUGGCGAAGUUACCGUGGUAGAUGUGUACGACAUUGCAUCGGAUAUAGGAAAAGAAUGCGAAAAAAUAAUUGAUCAGUACGGAGCGGAUGCAAUGACUUCACUAAUGCCCAAAGUUAUUAACACCUUGGAGCUUCUGGAGAAUUUGGCAACGAAAAACGAGCGCGAGAACACUUUACUGCACGAUUUACAAGCGAAAAUUUCCCAGUUGGAAAACGACAAACUCGAGAAAGCCGAAUAUAGAAAGAAAUUCGAAAAGGAAUUGGAAAUUAUCGAAGAACAAUGGAGAUCCGAAACAAAGGACCUCGUAAGUAUGGUGUCUAAACUGCAAGAAGAGAACAGGCGUUUGCUCAAAGAGCAAAGCCCCAAUCAUUCCCCUUCCCACUUAACGCCUACCACGGAGAAUGAUAUCCUGCAGAGAUUGAAGGACUCUGUGGAAAAACAACGAGAUGAAAUUCGCUACAAAGAAAAAUUGCUGCAGGAGAAAAACGGCGAUGUAGAUAACUUGAAAACCCAAGUGCAAAAAUUGACCAAUUCGAGCAAAGAGUUGAGAAGAAAGCACAAGUCGAUGCAAAAUCAAGUGAGAACCCUUUGCGAUGAACGAGCAGACUUUCUCGUGCAAUUACAAGACCAACAGAGAGACAUAUCGGCCCUGAGGCAGCGCUUGGGUUUGGCGCAGAAGGAAAACGAAGAUUUAGUAAAGAGUGAUGUUCCAUUUCCUAGUAAUAAAGCCGUUUUCGAUCUGGACGAUCCGAACAGACCGAGAUUCACAACGCAGGAAUUGAAAGACAUAUUGCAUGAAAGAAACGAACUGAAAGCGAGGAUUAGCGAUUUGGAAGAUGAAUUGGAGGCGUAUCGACCAAAGAAAAAAGACUCAUUUAUAAAGUCAUUUUCUCUUAUGGAAAAAAUUGAAUCGGCAUGCGAAAAUUUGCUAGGUACACAAAUAGCCGAACCGGUAGCUCCACCUUGUUAUUCGUAAGUUUUAUUUAUUAUUUUUGUUUGCAUUUGUAAAUUUGUAAAGAGGCUGUUGUCAACCUUAAAUAUUUUUAUAGGCCAGUGGACGAAGAUGCCCCAGUACAAGGCCCUUUGCCUUACGAGCCAGAUGAUGCCCCUUGGAAGAAAUCAUCCGAAUCAGGAAUAAGGAGAUUUUUUCGUAAGAUCUUUUCCGAGGGCGGCAAUGGCAGCAGUUUUCCUAAACGUAGCCUAUCCACAUUGUCUAAGAUGGCUCUGUCUUCGACUAGCGAACCGGUAUCCAUAUAAUUUGUCGUUGCCAUUUUGCGAUGCCAUCUUUGAACGGUUUCUGAUGUUAGAUAUCAAAUACGUUCAUCACGCAAUGUAAAUGUCACUAUAGUAACCAUUUUAGUCACGAGCAUUUUAUUUUCCUGAUAGAGUAAUGAUUCACUGUAUACCUUAGCUGGUAACCAUCGAUGAAGUGGCCAAAUAGUUUUGUAGAUAUCUAACAAAUAAUCAAGUAGGUAAAGGAACCAACGUUUUAUAGCCAUUUUGGUUUAUUUAGGCUUAUUAGAAUCGUACUCAUUACUCAAUUUUUGUGUUACAUACAUACAGGAUUUUUUAUACGUAUUUUUUAUUUUAUAUUAUGAGAUUAUUUUGUAUCCAAAAGACUAACUAACUACAUUUUAAUAAUCGAAGUUUCUUUACUAUUAAUCUGUUCCCUUAUAUUAUAAAGUUUUAUUGGUUCAUUUGUUGAUGCGUACUUUAAAAAUUAUUUUAAAAAAAUAGUAGUUAUAUUGAUAAAAUGUUUUUAUACGCACGUUUUUUGUAGAUAACAAAUUAUAUAUACUGUUGUAAUAAAUACGUGGCACUCGGUAAUUAGGCUUAAAAAUUCAAAUUAUUUUUUAUUUGGAACAACAGCAACGACAAUACGCAGCAUAAUAAUUCAAUUAAAUAUUUCGAAUGAAAUACUCGAAUUCGAUAUAAGUAGCACUUUAGUCUGUGAUAAAUUAUCAAAUAUUUUAAAUGCUUUUUUUUGUUAAUGAUAAUUAUCUUCCAGUACUCGGUUGACAAUCGUUAAAGUAAUUUCAUAUUUUAUUCGUUAUAGAUUUA